AGUGUGUUUAGAGUUGAUAGUGAGAUGUGUGGAUUAAAGUGUGCCGGUCAAUUAGUUGUGUUUUUUAACUACUAUUUUUAAAUCAUUAUAUUUUCACGUCCCACAUUCUAUGGGGAAUGUAUAUUUCAUUGUUCUUAGUGCUUCUUGUUGCUGUUGGAUACGAAGGUCUCCAUGUCCAAGGCUCCUCUGGUCCUCUUGUGGCCCAGCUAGGAGACACAGUCCUCCUGCCAUGUUUCUCUCAGAGCCCCCUGCCUCUGGAGGGUCUGCAGGUGGAAUGGAGAAAAGCAGAUUCAGAAUCUCUGGUGAUCCUCUUCCCGCGAGGAGAAAGCAGACCAGAUUUGCAGAGUCAGUCUUUCAGGGAUAGAGUCCACCUCUUCCCAGAUGAGAUAUCCAAAGGGAACUUCUCCAUCCUGCUCAACAAUGUGGUCAAAACUGAUGCUGGAGUUUACCGGUGUAAAGUCAGUACAAUUGAAGAGUCCAGUGAAACUGAGGUGGAACUUAAAGAUACUGAGCCUCUGGUGGUUAAAGGGGUCGACCAUGCUAUCUUGGCCUCUGUGGGUGAGGAGGUAAUACUGAACUGUUCUGUAGACUCUAAUGUACCAGCCCACAUGAUUGAAGAAGUGUCCUGGAAAAAAAGAAGUCAAGACCAAGACAACCUUAUUCUGUUCUUUCAAGACAAUGAGGUCUUCCUUUCUCAUGAAAGUUAUCAGGGAAGAGCCGAGUUCUUUAUCGCUGAAAUCCCCAAAGGUAACUUCUCACUGAAGGUGAAGGAUGUGAAGCUGGAGGAUAAAGGAGAGUUCAUUUGUGAGGUCCACACUAGUAACUGGUCAGCACACACUACUGUGGUCCUGCAGAAACUAGGUUUCUCCACAAGCCAAAUAUUGAUCUUGGUGCUGUGCUGUAUUGCACUGCUGCUUUCAGUGGGAUUUUGUAUUCCCAUUUUCAUCCUGUUGAAAAAGAAAGCUACUAGUGGAAAAGUGAUGCAUGCUUCUCUGAUCAUCUGUCCGAACAUUUGUAUAUGUGUUGCUUUCAUCUUAUGGUCAGCAGAAGGGUCUCUGAUUGAGAUUGUGACUUGUUCAACAGUCAGUAUCUUACGGCCCCUCAUGCUGAUGAAGACCUUUCCUCAUCUGGACAGAUUUCCAAAGCGCUUGGCAACAGCAGUGAAGGCUUUGGUUGUUCCAGUGUACCACUCAAUUAUAACAAUCACUGCAUGUUCAAUUUUUUCACAAAACAUUCGCCAAAUCCAAACAGGAAGUGAACAUAUUUUGAUUGUUAUGGUUGUACUAGAAGGCAUGUGUUCCAUUGGUGCUGCAGUAUUAGCUGGUUGUGGUCUCCGGAUGCAUUCGACUGUGGUUCUAGAAAUAUGCAAUGGUGCUGUGCUGGGUUUUAUUUUAAUUAUCCGAAGCAAAGAAGAUUUUCAACAGAGCUUUCAGAUACCCGCAAUACUGGUUCCAGUUAUCAUAGGAAUUAUGAUGGUCCUCACUUUGCAAAGGCACUACUUUCAGGGAAAAUCCUUUAGAUGUCUCCAUAUUGUUCUGUCAUCUAUUAUUCUGACAAUAUUCAGCCUGGCUGAGCUUAGUGUUUAUAUUCUCAUCGGCAUCUCCACAAAGAAUUUUACUACAAAUGUCAUAAACAAAGAUGUCACUUUGUGA